GAUAGUUUGAUAAUUAUUUUGUUAAUGAGGGAGUAAUAUUGUAAAGUGGUUCGGAAGUAUAAAAGUGAGCAAAUAAUAAAAAACAUCAAUCCGAAGGGAUGACGUGUUCCUAUAGAUGCCAAGUCAAUUUUCCUAAUUGAUUACUCUUUAUCAUCUCAAACAGAUAAAGAUCGCCGCCGGCGAACGGAUUCAGCUAUGGAAACUCUUGAAUACUGGCUCGUCCAUCAUCCAAUCAUCACCAAUUUCGAAUGGAAUCAAAACUCCACAUUCGGUUCUUCACUUCUUUUCCUAGCUCUCACUGUCCUCACUUACCUCGCGCUCACUUUCUCUUUCCACUAUUUCCCUCUUCUCCCUACACUCUCCCCUGCCUCCCUACGCUUCAUCUCCGCCGUCCACAACCUCUUCCUCUUCCUUCUCUCACUAAUCAUGGCCGUCGGAUGCUCCCUCUCCGCCUCCCACCAAAUGCCCCAUAAUGAUUGGACUUGGGUCGUCUGCUUCCCGGCUAAUCACACUCCCCCACGUGGACCCGUAUUCUUCUGGGCUUACAUCUUCUAUUUCUCCAAGAUGGUUGAAUUUCUAGAUACCCUUUUGAUAAUUCUGAGCGGGUCUACAUCUAGACGGCUGUCGUUCCUCCAUGUGUACCACCACGCGGUGGUGGUUGUAAUGUGUUAUAUGUGGCUUUCUUCCUCCCAGACUCUGUUUCCGGUGGCGCUUGUUACCAAUGCUUCGGUUCAUGUGCUAAUGUACGCUUACUACUUUCUGUGUACCUUGGGAUUUCGUCCAUGGUGGAAGAGAUUGGUAACGAAGUGUCAAAUUGUACAGUUCGUUUUCAGUUUCCUGAUUUCGGGUUUGAUGCUGUAUUAUCACUUUACCGGGUCGGGUUGCUCCGGGAUCCAUGGAUGGUGCUUCAAUGCUGUAUUCAAUGCUUCCCUUUUGGCACUCUUCCUUGAUUUUCAUUCCAAAAAUUAUGCAAAGAAGAAGAAAGAUGUCAAGCUGUCGUGAUUUGCCCGUUAUUGCUGAAAAGGAAUGAGUCAAUUUGACGUAUCAUUCGAUACAUACAACAUGGCUUCUGAUUAAAAGAAAAAAAAUUGCUUCUUACCAAACAUUUCUUUAUUCCCAAAACUCGAAUCAAAUCGCAAACUAGUAUCAGCUAUUACUCAUUUCAGAGUAGUUGGAUUUGCUUGUAACAUCAUUAUUUUGUUGAAUGAAUGGAAAUAGAUUGAGCAAAAUUCA